AUGCCAAGUAUUGCUUCUGAUCCAGCUCAACACAACAGUAACACAAAAAUGUGUUGUGUAAUUAUCAUGCUCUUCUAUUUGUUGGCAAUAGCCACAGGAGAUGGCUCGACACCGCCUCGAACUGGUCAACAUGCAAAUAUAGGUAAUAUACAAGUAUGGUACGAUAUUUAUGAACCAGAACACGGUACACCUAUUCUCUUUCUUCAUGGUGACUUCACCAAUGGUGAUUAUUGGGGGUUUCAAAUUGAAGAUCUGAAAUCGUCUUACAAAUGUAUUGUAAUGGAUUCUCGAGGACAAGGACGAAGUACAUCAUCAGCAGCUAGUAUUACUUAUCAUCUGAUGAUGACUGAUGUCGUCGGUACAUUGGAUUAUCUCGGUAUCAAUCGAGUCCAUAUUGUUGGUUGGAGUGGCGGUGCAAUUGUUGGUUUCAAUUUAGCGAUAAACUAUCCGAAUAAAGUAAUUUCAUUGUUUGCAUUUGCUGCCAAUUAUAUUAUAUCGGGUGUGAAAGAAAUAGGUUCAUUUGCUGUUUUCAAUGAGCAUCUGACACACACUGAAAUUGAAUAUGGACAGCUGAAUUCUGUACCAAAUUACUAG